AAUAAUAGAAGAAAAGAAUAAAAAAAAAUUUUGCAGAACGAAACUUGAGAAGACUUUAGAAACGGGUAUAAAACUGAGCCAAGUAGAUAUCGACAAAAUAAAAAAAGAUAAAGUUCAUGGUGAAAUUGGAAAAAAAGAUGAACAAAUUUUGGAUAAUCCUCACGUAACAAGAGAUAUUACUGGAGGUAUUCUGAAAGAAGAACAAUACGAAAAAGAUGAGACGCGGCAAAGGAUUUAUAAAGAAACAAUGGACAUCGAAGAGAGUAAAAAAGGAGAAAGAAAGUCAAUAGAAAAAUAUUUACGUGAAAAAGGACUCAGUACUAGUCUUAUCAAAUCUGUAUUAACUAAUGGAUUCACCGACGAAUAUAUCAGGUUACUUUUAAAAAGUUUGCAUAUUACCGAAGACGAGAUAGAAUAUAUGAAAUUGACUUAUCAAAUGGAAUUAAAUGAUUCAUCGAGUUCCAUUAAAUCGUGUUCUUCAACUUCAUCCGACUAUUACUUGUCAUCUGAUAGUCUUUAUUUAAAAAAUUUAUUAAGCAAAGCUUUAACUCGAGCUCUUCCUGAAAUUGCUUCGAAAAAACCAUAUGAUCCAAUUGAAUAUCUUGGACAUUGGUUGCUUCAUUUAAAGAUUUCCGAAGAAAAAAGGAACAAGCAACGUGAAUUCGAAUUAGAAUUAAUGAUUGAAAGAGAAAAAUAUAAGAUGAUGAUGAUAGAGGAUCAAGAAACUAUGAGUAUUGAAAGCAGAGGAGAAGAAGAAUUAAUCGUAGAUACUAACUUUAUAAAUUAUACGAGUAAUUAAUAUUGAUCGUUUAUCUCUUUCUCUCUCUCCCCCUCUCUCUCUCUCUCUCUCUAUACUUCUGUCGAUAUUUUAUUUUAUAGAUAUAUUAAUACUGUAACUAGUAAACCUAUAAAAAAUGACGGAUUACAAAUAUUUUCUCUUAAAAUUAUUUAAAUCUACUCAAAUUUAUAAGAGAAC